CUGCCGUAUCACAUUGUCUUAUCACAUGACAUAUCAUCUACUGUUGCUGAAUUAUGUCCAAUUAAAUACUUGCACACUGGAAACUGCCACCUUUAUAUGGUGGAAUACGAGUAUCUCAAUCCUAUUGAUCCCAUAAAGAAUUGUGUUCUUUUUCAAUCAAUCAAGAUGGAAAACUAAAAAUAUUAUUGUUUUGCUUGGUUCAGUAAAGUUUACCAGUUUGUAAGUAGAAAUGAUUGAGCAUCUAAUAGCUUUUUCAGCAUAUUCUUUUGCUUCUGGUCAUUACAAUUUGAACGAAAAUCCUCCUCGUUGAACGAACAAAAGGGGAGACGAUGGAAAAAUUAAAGAACAUGUGCACAUGCACACACUGGUCAUUUAGUUGCUGUAAGCGCCUUCCUUUUGGAAUGAACUGCUUGUCACGCUGUCUUAUUAUUUGACAUAUCAUCUACUGUUGCUGAAUUAUGUCCAAUCAAAUAUUUGCACACUGGAAACUGCCACUCCUUUUCCUUACUCUGUACUUUGACAUUACAAUUUUCCUCCAACUAUCACAGGAGCAAUCCCAACUUGCAUUGAUAGAUCAAAUGAGGCGUGCAAAUAUUUCUAGCUUAGCUGCCAUGGAGCACACACGUAAGCUAGCACACACGCUCACUCAAAACAAUGACCCAAAAUUCCAGAAUUCAAAGUUCCACCAGUUUGUAUCAAAAAUGAGUCGUGGCGAAAUUACUAUUGAGGAUAAUCAAAUAAAGCAAGGCACAUUCUCGGCACCUGGAGAUUGGGCAGCAGAAUAUCAGCAACAGUAUAAUGGAGGUCAAACAUGGGCUGACCAGUUUGUGAAUGAGCAGGCAAGUACAGUCUUGAUUAAUGGCACGAGACCUAGUGCUUAUCUGUUGUAUUAUAUAGCGCUUAUUUGGUAUGAAUUUUAACCUCAUUAUAAUUUA